UCAAAGUGUGGAUGUCUUCUCAUGUCGGAGUGAACUUCAGCCAUCAAAACACACACACGUUCACACGUCGCAUUAACACAUUAAAGAGCCCUCAGGUGUGUUUCUGUUUAAAACUGGACACCGGAGCCCUUUGGAUCAGUUUGGAACAAUGUACGGAGGCAGCACAGUGUCCGACUUCAGCAUCGAGCGCAUCCUCUCCCCGCAGCUCGGACACAAGAAGCCGCCGGUGAUGGACUACGCACCGGGUGGAUACUUCCACGGGAUCCCCGGCGGAUUUUGGACUCUUUACCCCGGGAACCUAAGCCCUCCCGCCCCGGCUCCAGCUCCGGCUCCGGUCCGGGCCCCGGUGCCGGUCCCAGGAUGCCUGCAGUACCGAGGGACGCGCUUUGUAGACGCCUUUCUCCCGUAUGGAGCAGCCGGUUUCCAUCCCACAGACUUCACCAACGUGCACGCAAACUCCGGGGAGCGCAUGCGCUUCAGCAGCCAGGACUUUGCAGAUCCUCAGCAGUUGGCAGGUUACCAUAGUUACCAUCAGGCCGGGGUGCCCGCUCAGUCGCAGCUGCGUCAGAAGUCCCGGAUGAGGACGGUGUUCACCGACGGUCAGACCAAGCGGCUCGAGGUGCUGUUCGCGCUCAGCGACUAUCCGCCGGCGGAGACUCGCGAUGAGCUCGCGAGGAGCACCGGGCUGAGCGAGGAGACAGUCAGGAUUUGGUUUAAGAACCGCAGAGCCAGGAGGAAGCGGCAGCGCAGCAGGUCAAGGGUCAAUCCCUCCUCCCCUUCGCCCAGCAGCGCCGGAGCCGAGAACAAGUUCUUCGCCUCCUGCCUCUGAACGCCGACGAACUGUCCAGUCUGCUCAGGGACUCAGGGUCUACUAUGGAUCCCACGUAACUUCUAGGCAAGUCGAAGCAGCCCGAUUGGUCGGGGUUGGGCAUUAACCUCGAGUGGCUAAGGUUAGGGGUAGCUGAUUGGUCAGGGGACAGGACUGGACAGCUGGCCAAUGGUAGCCUGUGACUAGUAUUUAAAGGCGGGACCUGC